AUCAGGUCCAGAGAGGGAGUGUCGGUGGGGGAGACGCCAUGGACGUUUCGCUCUGUCUGGUGUUGCUACAGUUGACAGUGGCAUGGAGCAGCGGAAGUGGCUUCCGGGUGGAGCAGCCGAAAUACAUCGAGGCUGUAGUGAACGAGCCCGUCACUCUCACCUGCACCUUUACCCACCCGGAAAUCUCCUCACUCCGAGACAUUGACAUCAGAUGGAGAGUUCGCAAUUACUACACGGCAGAUAUAUUCAGAUAUCUAGAUAACUACACGCUCAAAGAUUUCAGAGGCCGGAUCAAGUUCCUGGGUUCGCCAUUUAGAGACAAGACGGGCUCCAUCCGCUUACUCCGGGUCAGAGAAGAGGACAGCAACAUGUACUUCUGCAGUGUGGUGAUCUUGGGGGAAGAGUACACAGGUCCUGGGACCGUCCUGUCGGUUCAAGCACGGACCGGUAGCCGUGAGCGCUGGGUGAAGCAGCUGGGGUACCAGGAGGCUGCAGAGAAUGGGUCCGUCAUUCUCCCCUGUUCCUUCACUUACCCGGACACUUAUACACCCAGAGACAUUCAUAUCACUUGGAGAGUGGGUGGCUUUCAUGGUACAGAGAUAUUCGAUUCUUCACGAAACAACGCACUCGGGGAAUACCGAGGCCGGAUCGAGUUCCUGGGCUCCCCAUUGCGAAACAAGACGGGCUCCAUCCGCUUACAUCGGCUGAAUGGAAAUGACUCCAAUUUCUAUUUCUGUGGUGUGACAAUUUUGGAAGAUCAUGGUCAGCUGGUUGGAUGGCAAAGCAGCUCAGGAACGUUUCUGUCAGUGAGAGUGACCACAGUAACUCAGGAGAUGCAGAACCUGAGCCACGGCUCCAUCCUGAUGAUCCGGGCAGUGCUGGUUCUAGUACCGCUGGCAAUGGCGUGCACCACGGGCAUUUACCUGACCAAGAGGAGCCCAGUUACAGGAGAUCCCUAGAGGAGAAGAUGGCGGCGUGACGCAGCGCGCGGUCUCUCCAGUGAAACGACAUCAUAUUUAUUAAAUAGAGGCCGUGCACUAUCCUGAUUUGAUGGAGACGGACAUGAGAAGCACGGAGGAAUGUCUGGAGAAACUUCUGAGAUGCCUGGUUCGCUGCCACUGCUGCUGUGCAAUCGAGAAUCUCCGGAGAGAAGGCCCCAAAUCCUCGACUUUGCCUGUUGCUGGUGGCCGGGGCUGGGGUCGAAGCACUCAGCAGAGAUGGUGCUCGGUGCUCAGUGUUGGAGGGCUGGUCGGAGGCUCGAAGUUUUCGGAUGGACUGAGAGCCGGACUGUGGUUGGGUGCUUCCAGGAUGCUGCAUCGGUAAGUUUGCAGCGCUGGAAGCUCAUGGCUGGGAAAGUUCUCUUCCUUCUACCGUCUGAGUGAGAUGUUGGGACUUUCAAGAGACUUUGAGACUUUUUUUACCGUGCCCAUGGUCUGUUCUUCUAUCAAAUUACGGUAUUGCUUGCACUGUUGUAACUAUAUGUUAUAAUUAUGUGGUUUUUGCCAGUUUUUCAGUCUUGGUCUGUCUUGUGUUUCUGUGCUAUCACACUGGAGGAACAUUGUAUCAUUUCUUAAUGCAUGCAUUACUAAAUGACAAUAAAAAAGAGGACUGUGUGUCCUCAUAAGCUAAUCUAACCAUCGACCACAUGUCCAUAGUACCUUCCCCUGCAAAGGGAAGUUCAAGGGGGAUAUUAGAG